CCUUGCCCUUCUCCAUCAGCCUUGCCCUUCACCAUCAGCCUUGCCCUUCACCAUCAGCCUUGCCCUUCACCAUCAGCCUUGCCCUUCACCAUCUACCUUGCCCUUCACCAUCAGUCUUGCCCUUCACCAUCAGACUUGCCCUUCUCCAUCAGCCUUGCCCUUCACCAUCAGCCUUGCCCUUCUCCAUUAGCCUUGCCCUUCACCAUCAGCCUUGCCCUUCUCCAUCAGCCUUGCCCUUCACCAUCAGACUUGCCCUUCUCCAUCAGCCUUACCCUUCACCAUCAGACUUGCCCUUCUCCAUCAGCCUUGCCCUUCUCCAUCAGCUUUGCCCUUCACCAUCAGCCUUGCCCUUCUCCAUCAGCCUUGCCCUUCACCAUCAGCCUUGCCCUUCACCAUCAGCCUUGCCCUUCUCCAUUAGCCUUGCCCUUCACCAUCAGCCUUGCCCUUCUCCAUCAGAAUUGCCCAUCACCAUCAGCCUUACCCUUCACCAUCAGCCUUGCUCUUCUCCAUCAGCCUUGCCCUUCACCAUCAGCCUUGCCCUUCACCAUCAGCCUUGCCCUUCACCACCUUCCCUUCAUCACUGUAUCCAUCGUCUAA